AGAGAGAGAGAAGCAGAGGAAAGAGAGAGAGAGAGAGAGAAAGUGCGCGACCACAUGCGCCACUCACUAUAAAGUAACAGGGAAACAUGAAGCAGCGGUCAGCAAAUUCUACUUGUAUUAUUAUCAAAUUUUCGGACACGGUGUUGGUUUUCGGUCCGGUUUUUAAGCUCCAGAAGAAAAAGCUGAAGUUUGCUGACUUUUUCGGCGCGAGUUUAGAGCCGCUGCGGUUUACUCAGUAACUACCUAAAUGUCUAAAAAGAACAUGGCCGGCUGUUCCAAUCCGUUCGGAGGGAAAUGUAUAUUCCUAAGUGUAAUGACGCCAUGAAAAUAUUUUGAGGCUAUACAGGAUUUAGCAGAACCUUUAAGGUCUUUGGUCUAAGGUCAAGAUUGUAGAAGAAAAGGGACAUGGUGAGAAUGAUCUGCAUCAAACACCGCAUCCAGGGAAGGCAGUUGCUUUUCCUCGUAUUGUCAAUAUUGGUAUUUUGCGGUCUAAUCAGAUAUGCAAAAAUUACCAGUGAUAAUACCGCCAUCAAAUAUAACCAAGCCAGAAGCCCAGCAGAUACUCGGUGGCGUGUCACUGAACAACAUGGAAUCAACUGUUUGGAUAUUUAUGAAAUGGACCCUGUUGCCUUGGGCAAGUCUUUGGAACUCAGAAGGAAAGUCCCACCCACUCCAAGUGACCAGAGCGUUGUGAAUGUAACAUUGAACUGUGGACAAUUCUUGGCAUCAAGGGGGUACAGUAAAGUCCAGAUAUCAGAACAGGAACUCGCUUUUCCACUCGCUUUCUCUCUGGUGGUGCACAAAGAUGCACACAUGGUGGAGAGGCUCCUGCGUGCCAUUUAUGCACCACACAACGUCUACUGCAUCCACUAUGACCUGAAAUCAUCAUCCGCUUUCACAGAAGCGAUGCGUGGUCUGGCACGCUGCCUUCCCAAUGUUUUUGUGGCUUCACAGUUAGAGGCGGUGCAGUAUGGGGGCAUCUCACGCCUCCGUGCUGACCUCAACUGCCUCUCUGAUCUCAUAAACUCCAACAUCCGCUGGAGAUAUGCCAUCAACCUAUGUGGCCAGGAUUUUCCUCUCCGUUCCAAUGCUGAACUUGUGUCAGAGCUCAAGGCCCUAAAAGGUAUGAGCAUGCUCGAGACAAUCCGUCCCAGCGCAUACAAACAGCAGCGCUUCACGAACCGCUUUAAGCUCAAAGAUGCGCAAUCACAGUAUCUUGCUUUUCCAGUCAAAACGUCUGAGAAGAAACAGCCUCCACCUCAUGACAUAGAGAUCUUUGUGGGCAGUGCUUACUUCGUUCUCUCCCGAGAGUUUGUGAACUUUGUGCACUGGAGUCCUCAGGUAAAAGACUUUCUAGCUUGGUCUGAUGACACGUAUUCACCUGAUGAACAUUUCUGGGCCACCUUGAUUCGCAUCCCUGGAGUACCUGGUGAGAUCAAAAGGUCGGACCCAGACAUUUCAGACUUGAUGAGCAGAACACGUCUGGUGAAAUGGCAGUACCUGGAGGGGAAGCUUUACCCAGCAUGCACGGGGGAACAUGUACACAGCGUGUGUAUUUAUGGUGCUGCCGAGCUCCAGUGGCUCCUCAAUGAUGGACACUGGUUUGCCAAUAAGUUUGAUCUGAAGGUAGACCCAGUGGUCAUUGAAUGUCUUGAAUGGAACUUGAUGGAGAGACAGAGAGAGUUACAACACAGUAACUGACUAAUUUUUACUGUGACUUUGUAGUGGCUCCUGUGCUAACUGAUUCUGCUGGAAAAAAAUUGAACAUCCUUUGAAUGUGCUAAUAUUUCUGAUUGGCUUUAAGGUGGAUGUUUGUUUGGAGGUUUAUCUAAUUAACUUAUAUUAGCGUCUAAUAUUUUUUUAUGAAACUGCAAUGAUUUUUAUGUAUUUUUAUGAUCUGAUUUUGAUAUGAUUUUAUUGUAAUGCACACUGCAGUUGUUUGGACUGUUUUCUGGCAGUUGUUUAUUUUUAUACAUAUUAUACACAGUUUAAGUAUUAAACCUCUCGGAUGGUGCCACAUUUAAGGGUGUGGGUUAAGCAUCAAAACUAUGAUGCAUGAAGGUGGGAGCCUUGUGGUCAUUUUGUCCAUGACAAGUCAGAGUAUAAAGAUUUAUAGCGUCCACCCAGAGCUGGAAAACGCUAACAUGAUUCUGAAUUUUUGCCAAUUUGUUUUUUUUUUAAUAUUGGUUUUGUAUAGUUAGCUCCAUCAGUGUUCAUUUAAAAUGAAUUACCCAUUACUCUGUAGAGCUGGCUCAUACAGUAUGCUCCAAAGGUUUGAGUGAAAUCCUCACUGAAAGUGAAGAAAUAGUUUUUCCACCACAGUUUAUGUCCAGCUGCUAUAGUAUCCAUCCUAACAACUUUAUUUAGAAUCUAUACUUAAUAAGUAACCCAGAGAUGACAUUUAUCCAAAAAGGCUCCCUGAAGGUCCAAAUGCCUAAAGUCAGCUUAUAAUAUUUAUGACUAAAUUAUUAUUAGGGUGAUUACACUUUCUUUUAGCAAAUGUAUAAAUCUGAAUAUUGAUUUUAUUUGAUUCAUUUUCAGCUUCUAGUCCUUUUCUCAGAACACUGUGUUUGACUUCAAUUAGUGCUAAAUAAAAGAACCGUGCUUGAAGAAUAUAAGCUCUUC